AUAAGUUCACUUCUUGGCUAUCUCGUGCCAUUACCAGACUCCAACGGCACACACAAAGAAGUCACCAACUCGAAGCUAAAAACAUGUCGUCCACGGCGGCCGUCAUGGAACGCGAGCGCCUGACGGCCGAGAUCACGCCGCCGGUCAGUGUCGGUUUCGAGACUAGGGCCGAGGACCAGCAACGGCUGGCGCCCAGCAUCGUGAUCAAGAUCCGGCGCCGGCUCCCGGACUUCGCGCGGUCCGUGAACCUCAAGUACGUCAAGCUGGGCCUCUGCUCCGGGGGCUUCCUCCCGGCGCCGGCUUCGUCCUGGGCCGCGCUCGCGCUCGCGCCGCCUCUCCUGGCCGCCGCAGCGUACUCGUUCGCGCGCCUGGAGCAGCUCGAACUCGGCGCGCUCCACUCGGCCUCCUUGGACCUCCUGAGCUGCGUCGCAUUGCUCGGCACGGCGCUGUUGUUCCUGACCGUGAGCUACCUGAAGCGGCCACGGCCCGUGUACCUCGUGGAUUUCGCCUGCUACAAGCCCGACGAGGCGCAGGCCAUCUCCAAGGAAGGCUUCCUCGACAUGACGCAGAGCACGGGCUUCUUCAACGCGGAGGCGCUCGACUUCCAGACCAAGAUCACGAACCGCUCCGGGCUCGGCGACCGGACCUACCUUCCCCCGGGCAUCCAGUCCCGCCCGCCCAAGCUGUCCAUGGCGGCAGCGCGCGCCGAGGCGGAAGCCGUCAUGUUCGGUUGCCUGGACGCGCUCUUCGCCGCGACCGGCAUCGACCCGCGCCGGGACGUGCGCGUGCUCGUCGUCAACUGCAGCCUCUUCAACCCGACCCCGUCGCUGGCGUCCAUGGUGGUGAACCGCUACAGGAUGCGCGAGGACGUCAAGUCCUUCAACCUCGGCGGCAUGGGCUGCAGCGCCGGGCUGAUCGCCGUCGACCUCGCCAGGGACCUCCUCCAGGUCCAGGCCAACAGAGACUCGUACGCCGUGGUUGUCAGCACGGAGAACAUCACGCUCAACUGGUACUUCGGCAACGAGAGAUCCAUGCUGCUCUCGAACUGCAUCUUCCGCAUGGGCGGCGCGGCGGCGCUGCUGUCCAACGACUCCCGGCGCGACGCCCGUCGCGCCAAGUACCAGCUGCUCCACACGGUGCGCACGCACAAGGGCGCGGCCGACGAGUGCUUCAACUGCGUGUACCAGCGCGAGGACGACGAGGGAAGUAAAGUCGGGGUGUCGCUGGCGCGCGAGCUCAUGGCGGUGGCCGGGGACGCGCUCAAGACGAACAUCACCACGCUGGGGCCGCUCGUGCUCCCGCUCCCCGAGCAGCUCAAGUUCCUCUGGUCACUGGCGAUGCGCCGGGUGUUCCGCGUCAAGGGCGCGCGCCCCUACAUCCCGGACUUCCGGCGCGCGUUCGAGCACUUCUGCGUGCACGCAGGGGGGCGCGCCGUGCUGGAGGAGGUGCAGCGGAGCCUGGGGCUGGAGGACGCCGACAUGGAGCCCAGCAAGUGCACGCUGCACCGCUUCGGCAACACCAGCAGCAGCUCGCUCUGGUACGAGCUGGCCUACGCCGAGGCCAAGGGCCGCGUCCGCCGCGGCCACCGCGUCUGGCAGAUCGGCUUCGGCUCCGGGUUCAAGUGCAACAGCGCCGUCUGGCGUGUGCUCCGUGACGUGCCGGCCGUGUCCAGCGGCGCCGGCGAGCAGAGGUGCGGCUGCAACCCGUGGGUGGACAGCGUGGAGAGCUACCCGCCCAAAACAUACAUUUGAUGAUCUUGGUGGGACGGGCCAAGUUUGUUGAGCUGCUGCAUGCACGAGAACUGUAUGAUAGAACAACUAGCAAAUAUUUGUUGCCUCUCGACUCUGUCUAGAUUUCAUCAUUUCUUUCUAGUGUUUGCGAUACAUUUUUGCUACUAUACGAUCCUGAAUUCCAGAGUGUUCAUAUUUUAAUUAGGAUGUAAGAAUGUACUUAACUGAAGCUUGUAACAUAAUUAAGCUGUGAUGUUGAAACCUGAAUGUACAAAUUUGUUUA